AGAUGUUCUUCAUUUGAGUCCCAUACUAUAAUUGGUAGUAUUAAUUUUCACUGUUUUAUUAGUCAACUUUUUGCUUUUUUUUUUUUUUUUUUUUUGGGGGGGGGGGUCCUUUAAAGGGAAGACCUUGACUUAGUUGACGGAGUGCAAGGACAGUAGACUUGUUAAUAUCCCCCCCCCCCCCUCUUCUAAAUACAGCAUUUUUGAUCUAUGUAAUGUGAAUACCAUAUUAUAUAUAUUAUAUCACUCUUGCUAUUUUUUCAUAAUAUCUUACCAAAACAUGCAUAAACCAACAAUGAUAAAUUUCUCGUUAGGCUUAUUGUGUGAUUCUCUGUUCGUAAUUGUUAUGGUCGGAAUACUAAUGACGACGAGUAUGGCAUCAAAUAUAGCCCUUCCUAAUUGUCCCGAAAAGUGUGGUAACAUUUCUGUCCCUUACCCUUUUGGUAUAGGUAAAAAUUGUUACUACACUAAUCCUUUUGUUGGAAGUUAUUAUAAUCUCACUUGUAAUAACACCAAUACUAGUUCCCCAUCACUAGUUCAUGGCUAUAAUAUUGAGGUCUUGAACAUCACUUUGGAUGGUCAAUUCCGGGUGCUUAGCCAUGUUUCGUAUGCUUGCUAUGGUCUUAAAAGCCGUUUAGAGGGUAAUACCUCAUGGAGGAUAACAAUCCAUAAGUUUCCUCUUUCAACAACCGAAAAUUCUCUUCUUGCAAUUGGUUGUGACACCUUUGUAUGGUUUUCCGGUGCAAUGACAACUUCGAAUCAAAAAAAGGUUUUUCGAACGGGGUGCAUGACAUUGUGUAAUGAGCAAAAAGAAGUCAGCACAUCUUGUUCCGGGGUUGGGUGUUGCAAGGCUGCUAUUCCCAGUGGCGUAUCUAGUAUCAAGGUAAAAGCCAAAAGUUAUUAUAAUCACACAUUUGUGCAAGAUUUCAACCCAUGUAGUGUCGCAUUUCCAGUGGCAAGUGACGAAAUUCCCUCUCCAAUUGACUUCAUUAGCCAAAAUAUGUCGUAUUUCAAAGAGUUAAAGCUUCCUGUUGUCUUUAAUUGGUCAAUUGCUAAUGCAAGUUGUAAAUCUGAGCGAGACUUAAAGGAUCAACAGCACAUAUGUAAAGGAAAUAGUAGUUGCAUUGACAUGCCAGACAGGUGGGGAUACCGCUGCCAAUGCAACUCCGGAUUCAGGGGUAACCCCUACCUUCAUGAUUGCCAAGAUAUAGAUGAAUGUGCGGAAGGGCGUCAUUUGUGUAAAGAACCAGCACUUUGCAUCAACACUAUGGGUAGUUACAGUUGCACUUGCCCACGAGGCUACAGCCGCGGCAAUGGCACAAUGGUUGAUCCUUGUAUUCCAGAUAAGAAGGGUGCUGAAAUACCAAUGAAAAUCAGAAUCAUUUGUGGUAUUGGAGGCGGUAUCAUUGUAUGUUUCAUAGUUGCCAUUUUGAUCCAUUGGCAAUUUGGAAACAAUAAACAACUACGAAUGAGGGAGGCAUUCUUUCAUCAAAAUGGUGGUCAUAUUUUACAACAAAAACUGUUAGGACGAGAUGUAUCAAUGGGUCAUAUGGUUGAAAUGUUCACAGUUGAAGAGCUUAAGAAGGCCACAAAUAACUAUAGCGAGAGUAGCAUCGUAGGCAGAGGAGGUUUUGGCAUAGUUUUUAAGGGAACCUUGACAAAAAAAGCUACAUCACUUACCAACCAAAUAGUUGCCAUCAAAAGGUCUCUUAAAGUGGAUUCGAGCCAAGUCGAGCAAUUUAUCAAUGAAAUUGUUGCCUUGUCUCAAAUUAACAACAAAAAUGUGGUUAAGCUCUUAGGUUGUUGCUUGGAGACAGAGGUACCAUUACUUGUUUAUGAAUACAUAAGUAACGGUACAUUGUAUGAUCAUUUGCACGAUGAAAGAAAAGUAAGGCUUCUUACAUGGGAUAUUCGCUUAAGGAUAGCAACAGAAGUUUCUGAAGUCUUGGCAUAUUUGCAUAGUACAAUCUGUAUACCGAUAAUUCACAGGGACAUUAAGUCUGCUAACAUACUUUUAGAUGCUAGUAAAACCGCGAAAGUCUCUGAUUUUGGUGCUUCAAAGCUAUCGCCAACAGACCAGGAGCAGUUAGCAUCGAUGGUUCAAGGAACAUGUGGUUAUCUUGAUCCUGAGUAUAUGCAAAGCGGUGAGUUAACUGAGAAGAGCGAUGUUUACAGUUUUGGUGUUGUACUGGUAGAGCUAUUAACUAAGGAAAAGGCGAUAUGUUAUGCUAAGACAGAAGCUGAGAGAUGUCUUGCUGUAUAUUUUCUUCGUAAGCUAAAGGAGGACCGAUUGUUUGAAAUUCUUGACAAUGAUAUGGUGAAUGAUGAUGCAAUCGAGCAGCUCAAGGAAGUAGCAAAUCUUGCUAGGAGGUGUCUGAAACUGAAAGGAGAGGAUCGCCCUACAAUGAAGGAAGUUGCUAGAGAACUAGAACGGAUCAAAGGAGUUGGUUUACAUCCAUGGUCAAACAAUAGCGGUCUGUCAAGGGAUGAGAGUGAAUAUUUGCUCGGCGAAACCAAAGGUGUGACCAACCAUCAUAGUAGCAGCAACAAAUCCAUCGACGGAGGUCCAGUGAGCAACCAAAGUGGAGUUGUGCAAUUGAUGCCUUUGAAUGAUGGGAGAUGAGUCUUAUGAUCGACAAAGUUUUGAACUACAUACAUAUUUUACUGUUGUUGAUGUGUGUACCUAUUUAAAUUUGUUAGUGUUUGGAGUCGUGAAUGAUGAUGAUGCAUCCCAGGCUUAAUUAAGAGCAUGCUUAAUGCCAUUUAAAACUAUGAAAA